UGCUGUCAGUGGUGUAAAACACUUCCACGUUGUUGCAUUUCAGAGAAACCUCGAGACUCUAGAAUGUUUUUCUUUGUGAUUCUUGUGUUGCUGUCCUGCACUGAGGCUGAAGGUCUCCAACAUGUGUUUGUGCUGCAUGGAAACGACUUACACUUAGAUAUAGAGAAACCUGUUAAACUUGACGAACAGACAGAUUUGUUCUGGAAAUGUAAUUCCAGUAUCAAUAUAGCUAAAUGUGUUUUUAAUAGAGAUCCAUUCGUGUAUAAGAAAUAUGCAGGAAGGGCUGAGCUGUUUAGACCAAAUUGCUCUUUGAAAUUAAAGAAUGUACAACACAGUGACAGUGGAGAUUAUACUGCAAUUGUGGUCAGCGAACAAGAGCAAAGGGUAGCUGAAUACAAGGUCAUAGUCCAAGAUUCAGUGACUCCUGCUGACCUGACAGUGGACCCUGUGUCCAAGAGCUCAGACUCCUGUAACCUGACUGUGACCUGCAGCACAGUGGACUUUAACAUUAGCAGUAUUUUUAUAUGUGAUGGUAAAAUCUGCUCUCAUGCAGAAGAAAAGGAUUUGAAAGCCGCAAAAAUGUUUUCCUCUUUAAGUGUUUACCUGCAGCAAGACACCAUUUUCUGUAAUCACAGCAACCAAGUGAGCUGGAAUCAAACCAUGAAGGUGCUCAAAUUUUACUGUGAAACAAAGACAGGUAUCUCCAUCUGUGUGGUGAAGACAGUCGUGUUCUCUGUUGGUCUGAUCAUCAUGGUGAUUGCUGUGAUCAGUGUCCACAUUAUGGAGAAGAUUAAGAAGCAAAAAUAAAGAAGAGGGUUU